UUCUCUACUUUAAACACCGACAGCAGCUCCCGGCUCAGAUGAGUGAGCUCAGGGGGCCUCCUCUGUUCGGUGUGUGCCUGUAGGUGUGAGGAUCUGCCCAAACACUGGUGGUCAGUGGGCUGCAGAGGAACACGAGUGGGACCGAGUCCAGCAGCACCGCAGCUUCCCACGGACUGAUCUCCCUGCAGGGGGCGGGGGUUGGGUGUUUCUUCCAAGGGGUACCACUCAUUCCCACACUCCCCCCCCACCCCACCCUCCUCCCUCCUCAGUGAGCAGCAUCCUGGGCAGGUCCUCUGCUCUGUCUCGAUCCGGCGACAGGGCUGAGCAGCAGCGGCAGUUCGAAGCCGACCAUGCGCCAGAGCAAGAGCCAGUGUCUGCGCCCCCGGCUGUGCGCGCUGGAGAAGGGGGACAACGGCUACGGCUUCCACCUCCACGGGGAGAAAGGGAAGACGGGCCAGUUCAUCCGCCUGGUGGAGUCCGACAGCCCGGCGGAGACCUCGGGGCUGCGCGCCGGGGACCGCCUGGUGUUCGUGAACGGGGAGGACGUGGAGACCGAGAGCCACCAGCAGGUCGUGUCCCGGAUACGAGCCACCCCGGGCCGCCUGGAGCUCGUCGUGGUGGACCCGGACACGGAGCAGCUGCUGAAGAGGCACAACAUGAAGUGUCUGAAGGAGUACGUGACCGAGGGGGUCCCGGUGCUGCUCGAUGAAGAGGAGGAGGAGGAGGAGAAGGUGAGGGAAGAGGUGGACGGGACGGUUGGCGAGGAGAAGCGGGAGCAGGCGGAGGAAGAGGAGGUGGUUGUGAUGGUGGAGGAGCGGCAGCAGCAGGAGGAAGAGGAGGAAGAGGAGGUGACACCCAGGGAGUCCACGAAGACUAACGGGGAAAUCCACGAGCACGUCGAGAAGAAGCUGAGCAUCAGCUCUGAGAAGGAGGUGUGCACCGAACUGCGGCCGCGGCUGUGUGUGAUCCGGCGAGGUUCUAACGGAUAUGGCUUCAACCUGCACAGCGAGCGGGCGCGGCCGGGCCAGUACAUCCGAGCUGUGGAUGAGGACUCUCCAGCAGAGAGGGCAGGCGUGCUGGCACAGGACAGAAUAGUACAGGUGAACGGCAUGUUGGUGGAGGGGAAGACGCACGCACAAGUGGUGGCCGCCAUUAAAGCCGGCGGGAAUGAGACCCGGCUGCUGUUGGUGGACGCCGACACAGACGCCUUUUUCAGGAGGUGCAGAGUGGCCCCCACCUUGGACCACCUGACCGGUCCGCUGCCAGAACCUGUCAUUAAUGGAGGAAUGGAGGAGAAGGUGAACGGCAGACGGCCCAGUGGGGCAGAGAGGGACUCGAAGCUGUCCAUCAGUCCUUCUCCGUCCAGCGCCUCCUCCAACACCUCCCUCACAACCCUGCCCGCUAACACCCCACCUGAGGGUUUGGUGACCGGUGCCGUCCCCGCUCUCAACCUGAGUCUGCAGCAGGUCAAGGAGCUCGCCCACCAGAAACGCGCCAACAAGAAAGCGCCACCUAUGGACUGGACCAAGAAAAAUGAACUCUUCAGCAACCUAUAGGGCACCUGACGCCACCUGACACACACACACACACACACACACACACACACACACACACACACACACACACACACACACACACACAAACCAGAUUUUUUAUCAUUUUUUUUAUUUUAAAGAAAUUAAAGGAGCAGUUUAACUAUUGGCAGCAGAUACAAUUCAAGCCAUUCUGUAAAAUAUAGUAUUCUUCUUAUUACUCUCCAUGUUAUUAUAACCCAGAUAUUAACGUUUGCUACUAACAAUGAAAGAUGCAUAUGCCAAUGAAAGAGAACUGGACCACGGUGAGAGUGUGUAUGUGUGUGUGCAUGUCGCUAUUUAUGCCCUGUGAAUAUGUUUCCUCUCUUUCUCUCUCUCUAUCUCUUUCUGUGUGUGUGUGGACCCUGACCUCUGACCUCUGACCUCUGACCCCUGACCCCUGAUCUGAUGCCUGUGGAAACGAGGAGUCGAUCAUCGUAAUACAUUUAAAACAUUAAAGGAUCAGACACAUUCGAUAAAACCAGACAAUCAUACAUCUCUUAUUCUCCCAACUGUCGGUUUAGGGAUCAAACAUGUGACGUGAAAACUGAGAUUUGACCAUUUGAGUCGUUUUUAUUUACUUUAAUUAACUUUUUCUUUAAAUUUGUACAUCUUUUGUGGGACCAGAAAAAGGAUAAACUCUCUAACAUGAAACGUAUUUUCAGAAUCAUUUGUAAUUUUUUUACGGGGAAAUAUUUACUGAUGGCUUUAAACUGGAAAGAACUACAUUUUAAAGUAGGCUAUUCUAUCGUGUAUAUAUCAUAUAUCAUGUAUAUUUUUCACUCUAUGAAAUGAAAGUGGUUUCAGUUGAAUCCUGUGUAGCUACAAUGCCAUUAAAUCCACCUCUGAUCCCCACAUUGUCUGAAUACCUGAUAUUUCAUCUUCUGAAUAAAUGUGAACUACCGUCUAUAAUGAGUAACUUAUACCGUCCUCACUUUGUCGUCACUGUGACACACACAUUUUUAGUGCAUGGAAGAUUUUUUAUUGCUCUCUGAGAGAUUUUUUUCCUAUCGAUGUCUUAAAAAGAAGAAUCGUGUAAUUUUUCCAUCACGGAUUUCUACGUCUGCGCCUCACUAGAUUUUGUGCAUUGGACCGAUUUUGAGAAAAUGUAUAAUGUUGAAAUUGGAAUGAUUGAAUUAUAUGAAGAAAUAUUUUGCAGCUUGUGUGAGCGAUUUGUAUUCUGUAAUAAAUCAGUCAUCACAACAA